UUACAACAUAUUUUUAACAGCAUCUGGUGUUCUUUGUGAAUCGCUCUAUGCUGUGAAGCCAUGGCAUUGAAGUUGAUUUGCGGUUGUCUUCUGGCAGCAACCCUACUUGGUUGCGUCGCUGGUGAUGUUAAUGCCGUGCCGCCUCAGUGGCCAACCAAGCCUCAGUGGCCACAGCAGCCACAGCAGCCAACCAAGCCUCAGUGGCCACAGCAGCCACAGCAGCCAACCAAGCCUCAGUGGCCACAGCAGCCACAGCAGCCACAGCAGCCACAGCAGCCAACCAAGCCUCAGUGGCCACAGCAGCCACAGCAGCCACAGCAGCCACAGCAGCCAACCAAGCCUCAGUGGCACACAGCAGCCACCAGCAAGCCAAGCAGCACAACCAAGCCUCAGUGGCCACAGCAGCCACAGCAGCCAACCAAGCCUCAGUGGCCACAGCAGCCACAGCAGCCAACCAAGCCUCAGUGGCCACAGCAGCCACAGCAGCCAACCAAGCCUCAGUGGCCACAGCAGCCACAGCAGCCAACCAAGCCCCAGAUACCAACCAAGCCUCAGUGGCCACAGCAGCCACAGCAGCCAACCAAGCCCCAGAUACCAACCAAGCCUCAGUGGCCACAGCAGCCACAGCAGCCAACCAAGCCUCAGUGGCCACAGGAGCCCCAGCAGCCAACCAAGCCUCAGUGGCCACAGGAGCCCCAGGAGCCCUCAAUUCCGAAGCCGCCAGAGCCAUUUCACUCUUGUGAAGUGGCUGAACAGCACAAGAUACGGUGCGGAGGAACAGACAUCACCCCUUCUCAAUGUAAUGCUAUAAACUGCUGCUUUGAUGGACAAAUGUGCUAUUAUGGAAAAUCUGUUACUCUUCAGUGCACUAAGGACGGCCAGUUCAUCGUGGUAGUGGCGAGAGACGCCACCAAACCAAGCCUCGACUUGGAGUCAGUUACUUUGCUUGGAAGGGAUCCAGCCUGCAGUCCUGUUGGCACAACUUCAGCUUUUGCCAUCUACCAGUUUCCUGUCACUGCCUGUGGCACUGUCAUGACGGAGGAGCCUGGGGUAAUAAUCUAUCAGAACCAGAUGUCCUCCUCUUAUGAAGUCUCUGUUGGACCAAAUGGAGCCAUUACCAGAGACAGCAGCUUUCAGCUCGUUUGCCAGUGUAGAUAUAUUGGCACCUCAGUUGAGGCUCUGAUCAUCGAGGUUGGCCUGGUCCCUCCACCACCCCCAGUUGCUGCUCCUGGACCACUGAACGUGGAGCUCAGGCUGGCCAAUGGAGUGUGUACUACCAAGGGUUGUGUGGAAGAGCUGGUGGCCUACAACUCAUUUUACCAGGCUGCCAACUACCCGGUUCAAAAGGUGCUCAGGGAUCCUGUGUACGUUGAGAUCCGAAUUAAGGAGAGGACUGACCCCAACCUGGUUUUGACUCUUGGAAGAUGCUGGGCAACUGCUGACCCCUCCCCUUAUAGUCUUCCUCAGUGGGACUUACUGAUUGAAGGCUGCCCAUACCGUGAUGACCAUUACACAACCACCUUGAUCCCUGUUGGUUCCUCAUCAGGCGUCCAGUUCCCAACCCACUACAGACGUUUUGUGUUUAAGAUGUUCACAUUUGUGGGUCAUGGAGGUGCCAAUCCCACCAAGGACGUUGUUAAGGGAAAACCUGCAGAUCCAGCGCCUAUGAUUCCUCUCAAAGUAAAGGUGUAUAUCCACUGCAACACAGCUGUGUGCCAUCCCUCUCUUGCAAAUACAUGUGAACCUCACUGCUUGAGAAAGAGAAGAGACAUUGCAGCAUCUGUCCAGACGAACUCCAGACCUGAAACCACUGUGGUGAGCAGUCAGGAGCUUAUCAUCAUUGACUCAAGCCAGACCAUUUAGUAACAACAUGCAGACCUGUUUUCUUAUGCUUAAUGAAAAGUGAUGAUUGAAGGUUUUAAAUAAAUCUCCAUGUUGAUAUACCAUGUUAUCUGAUCUUAUACAAUGUGAAUUAGAUAUAUGGUUUACACAGUGAACUCACAGAAAUAAAAGUUAAUAUUAAUACCGCAGAAAAUAAAUGAGUCAUUCUACAGUUAUACAGUUUCACUUAAACUGUAUUUGAUUUCCCCACAUUUAAACUUAUGUGACAGUAUUGGUUAACCUUUUGGUAUUAUGAAGCCACAUAAAUGAGAGCUUAAUGUGUCAUCUUUUUGUCAUUGGUGUUCCCUUAUACCCUUAACAAAAGGCUUUUAAGUUAUGUCAUUUAUCAAUACAUUCUGCAUAUAUAUACAGAGGCACAGUAGGAUCAUGAUAAUGCAAACAAACAGAAGAUUAUGUAUCUAUGUAUUUUAAUCAGCUUAGUGAAAUGUGUUAUGUGCAUUUGCCCAUUAACACCAUUUUUUGCUAUAAUAACAACAAUAUUUGA